AAUUAUAAACUGUACAAAAAUCUAAAUAUAUAGAAGCCUAUGGUGUAACUGUAACCGUCACUAAUGAUUAUCAAAAAUUAUUGUCUUUUGAAAUAAAUCUCACGACUAAAAUGCCUCAUCGUCAAUCUGAAUAUACUUACGCCGUGGUAAAUCAGAACGAACAAAAUGGUGCGACUGAACAAGUUUCUUAUGAAAAAGAUGAAACUGCUUCACUUCCCCUUUUUGGAGUACGUCACUGGCAAAUCUUAAUACUGUUUGCUCUUAAUUUUGUAGCAUUUAGUUUUCGAUCAUGUCUUUCAGUUGCUAUAGUUCCAAUGACGAAUCCUUCUGUGAACGUAAAUCCUGAUGUACCAACCUAUCCUAAUUGGACUCAUAAAAAUGUAAUUCAUUCAGCGUUUUUGUGGGGAUACAUUUUACCACAAGUUCUGGCCGCCCAUAUGGCAAAAAAGUACGGACCUAAAUGGUUUUUAGUUGGCGCCAUGGCUAUCCAAAGCUUUUUAGGUGUAACAACUCCAUUUGUUGCUUCUCAUUUUGGAGAAGUCGGAAUAAUGAUCAGUAGAGCUCUACAAGGAUUUUGCCAAGGUUUCAUAUUUCCUUCUUUAUCGCAUUUGUUAAGCCGAUGGAUCCCAAUUCAAGCAAGGACACGAUGGAGUUCUGUAGUUUUUUCUGCUGGAAAAGCUGGCGCAGUAUUCUCAAUUAUAGCAACAGGACUAUUUGCCGCUAGCUGGAAUGGUUGGCCUAUGGCAUUCUAUUUUUAUGGACUGCUCGGUGCAGUUUGGUGCAUAUUCAUGAUACUCUUUGGCUACAAUGCUCCUAGUAAUUAUCCAAAAAUCAGUCAAGCAGAGAAAAAUUUUAUUGAGCAGAACACAGGACUUACCCAGGAACAUGUCAAGACACCAUGGAGAAAAAUAUUUAAAUCUGUUCCGGUAUGGGCCCUUUUAAUUGUUCAAGCUGGUAAUACUUAUUGCUUCUGGACAUUACUCACUCAAAUCCCAACAUACAUGAACUAUAUUAUGCAUUUUAAUAUGAAACAGAACGGCAUAUUGUCAAGUCUGCCCUAUCUAGCAUUUUGGCUAUUGGGAUUCGUCUUUGGACCAACAUCAGAUUUUUUAAUAAACAGAAAUAUUAUAUCUCGAGGAGUGGCUAGAAAAAUCUUUAAUUCUAUAGGUUUAGUGGUACCAGCAACAGCAUUAAUAAUACUAGGCUACACCAAAGAAGGACAUCAAAUACAAGGAGUUAUACUCCUAAUUGUAGCAGUGGGUAUCAACGCUGCAUGUUAUUCAGCUUUGAUGGUUAAUCAUAUUGACCUUUCUCCAAACCAUGCUGGUAUUCUUAUGGGUGUAUGCAAUGGGCUCUCUCAUAUUGCUGCUCUCUUGGCUCCUUUAGUUGUACAGUUUCUAGUAGUUGAUGUGAGAAAUCCAGAUCAAUGGAGACAGGUCUUUCUUAUCGCUGCUACUAUCAAUGUAUCUACGGCACUAAUUUAUGAUAUAUUUGGAUCUGGUGAGGUGCAGCCAUGGAACACAGAUGAAGAUAUUGAAUUAAAACAUAAAAAAUAAAGACUAAAGUAUUUAAACAUAGUAAAACUAAAUAUGUAUUUUAAUGAAAUAUUAAAUAAAAAAUAGAGCAACGAGA